UCUCUCAUUGUUUGUUUACAACCAGGGGACUUCCUGCUUGUCGGUAGCUUUCUCCAUAGUAAGCUAACUAAAUAAUUAAAUUUCACAGGUCGCCUGUCAAGAUGGGAUGUGAUGGUGGCACGAUUCCUAAAAGACACGAGUUGGUGAAAGGACCCAAAAAAGUCGAGAAGGUCGAUAAAAAUGCAGAGCUGGCAGCCAAAUGGAAGUACUGUGCCUUGAGCCAGGAAAAACUCAGACGCCCCAUCGCUGCUUGUGACCUGGGAAGGCUCUAUAACAAAGAUGCAAUCAUUGAAUAUCUUCUGGAUAAGUCUGCUGACAGGCCCAAUGCUGAGGCGGUUGCACACAUCCGAGGGAUAAAGGAUAUAAAGGAGCUGAACUUGACCGACAACCCUGAGUGGGAGGGAGAAAGAAGAAAUGCUAAAGGCGACCGUUACGAGGACAUCCACUGUGGCAUGUUCAUUUGCCCUGUUGUUGGUCUGGAGAUGAACGGCAAGCACAGGUUUUGUUACCUGCGGACCUGUGGUUGUGUCUUCUCUGACCGGGCCCUGAAGGAGGUCAAGACAGAAAUCUGCCACAAGUGUGGUGACCCGUUUAAAGAUGGGGAUAUCGUUGUGCUCAAUGGCACCAAGGAGGAGGUGGAGAAGCUGAGGGAGAUGAUGGAAGAGAGGCGGACCAAAGCCAAAACUAAGAAAUCAAAGAAGAGCAAAGCAGCUGAAACUGCGUCUACAGCAUCGGAAUCAAAAGCAGAUGACACACAGUCCUCACAAGUGGAUGUAGCAGGGAGGAGCUCACUAAAAGAUGGUGGUGAAAGCAGCCAGUCAGAUGUGGCUGGACCUUCUGGAUCCUCCAGCUCCUCUAAAGGCACAAAGUCUUCAACAGCCUCCGCGACCAAGAGGUCGAUCCAGGAAAUGAGGGAGAAGUCAGAGGCCUUCAAAUCCCUGUUCACCACCCACAGCUCCGCCAAGCGCACUAAAGAGCAGACAUCCAACUGGGUCACCCACACCCCAUAUCACUUCUAGUAACUAAAUCAGCGCAAAGACCACCAUUUUCAGAUUGCUCCAGAAAUUUUGACCCAUUAGAGACAAAUUACUGAUAAAUGUAGUUCUGCAUACCCAGCUCCAACACACACACACACACACACACAUGCAGGCAUACACAUACAAACACACACAUUACCCACAUGACCCCUAAUAAUGUCACAAAUGUGUGGACUCAUUCCCAACUUGUCUCUUCAGUCCCUGGUAGCACAGUGUUUACAUGUUGUGAACAUUUUGUUAAUAGCUCCCCAAGCUCUUCAGACUCUUUGUUUUGUAACCUAAUUCCUCCCCCAUGUAUUCCCCUGCCUCAAUGUGUUCUCAGUCGCAGGUAAUUUGAGAUUUGAUGCUAGGCAGACUUUGUCAUGUCUGUCACUCUACUGUCUCCUAGUGGACAUACUGCAGCUUUUUAAAGUGAUCUCUAAAUGGUUGAAACACUGAUAAAUACAUUUAACAAGUUUAGCAAAGGACACAAGUAUUUUUUGUUUCAGUGUAUUGGUUAUUUGUUUUUCUUGAAAAGUUUGGUAAAAAGUGAGUCAGAGUUUAAUGCCCCUCAAAAGUAUCUCACGCAUUUAUUGAGGCUUUUGAUGCUCAUAAAUCAACAAAAACUAAAGACAAACCAUACAGGAAGUAGCUGUAAUGUAACAGGGCGAUAAGAAACAUGGUUUUAGCUCAGUUCUCUUCCUCAGUCUUGAGCAUCACAAGCUUCAAUAUUUGCCAUUUCUUUUUCCAAACAAAGUGCUUCCAACUGUCUGUUUUUCAAAUAUCAUAAUGUGAAAACUAACAAAAUAUGCUAUGUUGGUUUCCAGUUUUUAAUAGUAAAAUGUAGGGAAAUUUAAUUAUAUUUAUUUUCUACAUAAUCUUCUGACGGAGUUUUUAAGGGAGAUUUUAAAAAAUGUUUCUUUCUUCUUGUUUGCAGUUGGACAGUCAGUAAUUUCUUUUUCUUUUUUUUUUACAUGU